GCCUUUAUAAGGUAGCAUUUGACAUUGGUCAGUCACAUCCAUUGCCAUGAGGGUGCUCGUGCUAGCCUUGACUGUGGCCCUUGUGGCUGGCCACCAGCUCAAAUUAGAUCCAGAGUUUGCUGUUGGAAAGACAUAUACCUACAAAUAUGAAGCAAUUCUUAUGGGUGGACUUCCCGAGGAGGGUCUGGCUCGGGCUGGCUUCAAAAUAAGGAGCAAAGUUCUGAUCAGUGCCUUGGCUGCCAACACCUUUGUACUGAAGUUGCUGGAGCCAGAGCUCUUUGAGUAUAGUGGCAUCUGGCCCAAAGAUGCUUUCAUCCCAGCCACUAAGCUCACCUCAGCGCUCUCAGAUCAACUCUUGACACCGCUGAAGUUCGAGUAUGCUAAUGGGGUUGUAGGCAAAGUGUUCGCACCGGCUGGCGUCUCUGCCUCUGUGCUGAAUAUCGUCAGGGGAAUCCUCAACAUCUUCCAAAUGAACAUCAAGAAGACGGUGAACGUCUAUGAGCUUCAGGAGCCUGGCGUACAGGGCGUUUGCAAGACCCAUUACGUGAUCACUGAAGAUGCAAAGGCUGAGCGUGUCCUGUUGACCAAGACCAAAGACCUGAACCACUGCCAGGAGAGAAUUAUGAGGGAUAUCGGCAUGGCUUAUACAGAGAGAUGUGCUGAGUGUCGAGCGAGAGGCAAUGCCCUAAAGGGAACAGCAGCAUUCAACUAUAUCAUGAAACCAUCAGCCACAGGUGCUCUGAUCCUGGAGGCGUCCUCGACUGAGCUUAUUCAGUUCUCUCCCAUUAACAUCAUCAACGGUGCUGCCCAAAUGGAGGCCAAACAAUUCUUGAAAUUUCUGGAGAUCCAGAAAGCUCCAUUGGAGCCUAUUAAAGCUGAAUACCUCCACCGUGGAAACCUGCGGUAUGAGUUUGGCAGUGAGCUGCUUCAGACACCCAUCCAGCUCCUAAGAAUUACCAAUGCUGAGGCUCAGAUUGUUGAGAUUCUGAACCACUUGGUGAACAACAAUGUGGCCAAAGUCCAUGAAGAUGCACCUCUCAAGUUCAUUGAGCUCAUCCAGCUGUUGCGUUCGGCCAAAUAUGAGACUAUUGAGUCCCUCUGGUCACAGUUCAAAUCACGUACCACUCAUAGAGAAUGGAUUCGGAAUGCUGUCCCUGCCAUUGGCACUCACGUUGCAAUGAGGUUCAUCAAGGAAAAAUUCCUCGUUGGUGAACUGACCCUUGCUGAAGUGACUCGGUCUCUUACGAUAGCCAUACACAUGGUGACUGCUGACUUGGAGGCCAUCAAGCUCCUAAGGGAGUUGGCUGAGAACCAAAAGGUUAUGGAAACUCCAGUUUUGAAUGAGAUUGCUGCGCUAGGCUAUGGCAGUCUGGUUUCUAAAUACUGUGGAGAGAACCCCACUUGCCCAGUGGACCUCAUCAGGCCUGUCCACGAACUGGUUGCCCAGGCUGUUGCCAAGGGUGAUAUUAACGAAAUAAUUGUCACUCUCAAAGUUCUGGGUAAUGCAGGACAUCCUAGCAGCCUCAAGCCAAUCUUGAAGGUCCUGCCUAGCUUUGGCAGUGCUGCUGCUACUCUGCCACUGCGAGUUCACAUCGAAGGUGUUCUGGCCCUGAGGAACAUUGCCAAGAGAGAGCCAAAAAUGGUCCAGGAGGUCGCUGUUCAGCUGUUCAUGGAUAGAGCCCUUCACCCAGAGCUCCGCAUGGUUGCUGCCAUUGUGCUGUUUGAGACCAAAUUGCCCAUGGGUCUGGUGACUGCCCUUGCUGACGCACUCUUGCGAGAACCAAAUCUUCAGGUUGCCAGCUUGGUCUACUCUUACAUGAAGGCAAUGACGAGGUCCACCACUCCUGAUUUUGCGCCUGUUGCUGCAGCCUGCAAUGUUGCUGUGAAUAUCCUCAGCCCCAAACUUAACAGACUCAGCUAUCGCUACAGCAGAGCGCUCCUUGUUGAUGGCUAUUACAGCCCCUGGAUGGUGGGUGCUGCUGCCAGUGCCUUCUAUGUGAAUGACGCUGCAACUGUUUUGCCAAGAACCAUCAUGGCCAAAGCGCGCACCUAUUUGGCAGGAGCUUAUGCUGACGUCAUUGAGAUCGGAGUGAGAACUGAGGGAAUCCAGGAAGCCCUUUUGAAAGUCCAAGAUCUUCCUAACAACACAGAUAGGAUCACCAAGAUGAGAAAAGUUCUCAAGGCUCUUUCUGAAUGGAGGGCCCAGCCUUCAAGCCAGCCCCUAGCCUCGGCACAUGUGAAACUUUUCGGCCAGGAGAUUGCCUUUGUCAGUGUCAACAAAGGAUUGGUUGAUCAGUUAAUGGCGCUUGUCACUGGACCAGAAGUUCAGACUUAUGGAAGGAAGGCUUUAGAUGCGGUGCUGGCUGGUACAAAAUUUAAUUUCGCUGAGCCAAUGUUAGUUGCUGAGGUUCGUCGCAUCCUGCCCACUGCUGUCGGUCUGCCUAUGGAACUCAGUUUCUAUACUUCUUCUGUGUUGAAUACAGCCAUUGAACUCCAAGCCACUGUGUCACCACCUAUAGCUCAGAAAUUCCACCCGUCCCAGCUUCUUAAAUCAGACAUCAGCAUGAGGGCUGCAUUUUUUCCGAGUGUUUCCUCGUAUACCUAUGCAGUGAUGGGUGUGAAUACUGCAUUGGCCCAGGCUGCUGUGGUCUCAAGAGCCAGAAUUUACACUAUUCUCCCAGCAAGGAUCGAAGCAAGACUUGACAUGAUCAAAGGAAACUUCAAGUUUGAGCUCCUGCCUGUCCAGGGCGUCAAUAAGAUUGCAUCUGCACUUGUUGAAACUUUUGCCGUUGCACGAAAUGUUGAAGAUCUUGCUGCUGCUAAGAUAACACCGAUGAUUCCGGCCGACUUUACACCACAGUCCUCAAAGAAGAGCUCAUCCAGGUCCUCCAGGAUGGGAUCCUCUCUGACUGAUGACAUGGUGAGUUUGAGUCCCUGUCUACUGUGUUUAACCACCUUUCUGCAAAGUAAUAUUGUUCUUUCUGUUAUGCUUUUACAGUCAGGGUCAUCUGAGCUUGUCUCUGACCAACAAAGCAAAAUGAGCAAACUCAUUAAGGCCUUUGAGAAAAGGCUGUGUGGAGAAAUUGAAACCUUUGGAAUCAAGGCAUGCACUAUGAUUGAAUCUCGCAAUGCGGCCUUCAUUCGAGACGUUCCACUGUAUGCCGUCAUUGGAAAACAUUCAGCUUUUAUUGAGGUUACACCAGCUGCUACACCGGUCAUUGAGAAGAUUGAAAUUGAGAUUCAGGUUGGAGAGAAAGCAGCAGAAAAGAUUAUCAAAGUCAUUGACCUGAGUCAAGAUGAGGGGAUUCUUGAGGACAAGAAUAUCCUGAUGAAACUGAAGAAGAUCCUUGUCCCUGGUCUGAAGAACCGCACUUCCUCCCGCUCCAGCAGGUCCCAUGCUGUUAGCUCUAGCUCCAGCAGCUCAGACGUUUCUACCUCAUCCAAGAGUUCCUCUCACAAAAAAAGCAAGAUGGUUGACAUUCUCGACCCAAUUGUGAAGGCGUCCAAGUUACAAAAGUCCUCUAGCAGAUCCUCCAGCAGCAGAUCGAGUCUUCUUUCAAGCAAAUCCUCCAGCAGCCGAAGCACUAGCUCUUUGUCCAGCUCUCAGUCAAAGCAAGAACUGUAUGAAAUGAAUUUUACCAAGCACCACAUCCACCAGCAUGCACUCUCUGCAACUCGCCGCAACAGCCAAAGCAGUGCCCGCAGUUUUAACGCCAUCUACGAUAAGGCUAAAUACCUCACUAAUGCUGUCAACCCAACUGUGACCAUCCUCAUCCGUGCCGUGAGUGCUGACCACAAGGUACAAGGCUACCAAAUUGCAGCUUACUUUGACAAAGAGACUUCCAGACUGCAGUUGCUUUUUGCCAACCUGGCCAAGAACAACAACUGGAGAAUCUGUGCUGAUGGUGUGAGGCUGAGCGACCACAAGUUGAUGGCCAAGAUUGCCUGGGGUAUUUACUGCAAACAAUAUGUGACUGAGAUCUCAGCUGAAACCGGUAUUGUUGGUCAAGAGCCAGCAGUCCGUUUGAAGCUAACUUGGGAAAAACUUCCACGCAACAUGAAGUACUACGGAGAGGAGUUGUCUGAGUACAUUUCAAGAUUCGCUCUGCAGGCUGGAAUGAGCCUGGCAAAGGCCAAGAAUGUUCACAAUCAGAUCAAACUGACAGUGGCAGCUGCAUCAGAACAAAGCCUGAAUGUUGUCCUCAAGACACCGAGUAGGACCAUCUUCAAAAAAGCCAUUUCUCUCCCUAUUUCUCUGCCCAUUGGAGACACUGCAUCAGAGCUGCAGGCGUACCAGGACAGCUGGGUUGACACCAUCGCCUACAUGGUCAGCAAGCCUCAUGCAGCUGAGUGCAGUGUAAUCAAGGACACAGUGAUCACAUUCAACAACAGGAAGGUCAAGGCAGAGAUGCCUCACUCUUGCCUCCAGGUUUUGGCUCAGGAUGGCACCAGUGAGGCUAAAUUCAUUGUUCUGCUGAAGAGAGACCAACAACAUGAACAAAACAUGCUCACUGUGAAGAUUGCAGACAUUGAUGUUGACAUGUAUCAGAAGGGCAAUGUUGCCAUGGUGAAGGUCAAUAAUGUAGAAAUCCCUGUCAGUGAUCUGCCAUACCGUCAUCCAACAGCCGACAUUCAGAUCAGACAGAGCGGUGAGGGCAUCGCUCUCCACGCUCCCAGACACGGUCUUCAAGAAGUGUACUUUGACAAAGACAUCCAAAAGGUUAAAGUUGUGGACUGGAUGAGAGGACAGACCUCAGGACUCUGCGGAAAGGCCGAUGGGGAGGUCAGACAGGAGUUACGCAUGCCCAAUACACAUUUGACCAAGAACGCAGUCAGCUAUGCUCAUUCCUGGGUUCUGCCCGCCGAGAGCUGCCGGGACGCCACAGAAUGUUACAUGAAGCUUGAGUCUGUGAAGCUGGAGAAGCAGAUUAUACUACACGGUCAAGAGUCCAAAUGCUUCUCUGUCGAGCCCGUGCUGCGCUGCCUGCCUGGCUGCCUGGCGCUGAGAACCACCACCGUCUCAGUUGGUUUCCACUGCUUGCCUGCUGAUACCAGUCUAAACCGUUCUGAGGGCAUGAGCAGCAUCUUUGAGAAGAGUGUGGACCUGAGGGAAAGGACCGAAGCCCACCUAGCCUGCCGUUGCACUGCUCAGUGUGCUUAAUCAUAAAACCUUCAACCCAACAACAUUUAUUUCCAUUCAUAACAUUACUCCCAAACACAAUAAAAUGUAAACUUAAACCUCA